AUGGCCCGGAAAGGCACCAAAAAGAAACUUGAUGAUGAAGAGCGGGUUCUGGCCGCGGUCAAAGCCUAUAGAAGCGGAAAGUUCAAAAAUAUCAGAGAUGCAGCUAUGGCUCACGAUAUCACCUAUGGGAAACUCCGGAACCGCCUUGCCGGUGUCCAGUCUAAAACUCAUUCGCAUAUAGAUCAGCAAGCUCUCACUCCUGCAGAAGAGAAGGCGAUAGUGGCUUGGAUUGUUCAACUAGAUAUAUGGGGAUUCCCACCCCGUAUGAAAUAUGUUAAAGACUUGGCCACCAAUUAUGUCCGCAGCCAUGGUGUCAAAAAUCCGAAUUUAGGGGUUAAUUGGACCACUAGAUUCCUUACUCGCCACCCAGAAUUGGAGUCAAAAUUCGCAAUUCGGCUAGACAAGCAAAGGGGCUUCGCUAAUAAUCCCAAAGUGAUUAAGGACUUUUUCAAAAAGGUAAAGCUUUAA